AUGUUGGUGAUGAAUCAGCUGAGCAGAGACACAGCUACUGAAUAUGAGCCAGGCAAGAAGAAUAACAAUGGCACUAGCAAGAAGAGGGCUGAGGUCACACAAGUAAUUGGUCUAAUGUUACCAAAUCGUGCUGCAGGUUGGUUCCGACAAAGGGCAGAUGUGUUUGGCUUUGUCGAAUUCAACCCACACGGUGAUAGGCUUCCCAAGAAGAAGACCAUGUCCUUAUUUAACAAGGCACCAGUCAAUAUCAUGGACUCUGGGCGCCAAGCUUCAACGAACACUAAAGCUACAAGUGUGAGCACGCGGCUGGCCCCUCUCAACGUGUCUCCUGGAGAGCCUUGGUCAUUACAGUGUGCUGUGCAAACCACCGGCAGCGACGUCUACAUCGGCAUCGCGGUGUACAAGUUGUCGGUGGGGGGAACGUUCUUCGUGCCGAUCGCCAGCGGCACCGCCACUGGCCAGACGUUCAUCAGUACACUAAACCUCCUGUUUCGCGCCUCGCUGUCAUGGAACGCAGACCAGUCUACGAUAACGCUCUCCGUUAACAGCUUUCAGAACGCGGACCAAGGUAUAUACAGGUGUUCCUUGAAACUCAAAGACAACCCGGUUCCCAUAAAUGACGAUAAAACAUUCCCAGCCGGAAUUGAUGUAACAGUGGGAAGUGAAACAAGCACGCCCACAACGACCACAACACGACCGACGACAGAGAGUAGCACUCGUCUCUCAACUACUACGACUCCAGUUGUCACGACAACGAGCACUACGACUUUAACCUCCACAGCGUCGACGGUAUCAACCAGUACACGUUCACCUACCAAUACCGUCAAUACUGUUAAUAGUUCAACUACCAAUACACUCUCAACUGCCAAGACAAGCCUCCGUACAGGCUACAGCACAGAAAGAGGCGACUUGAUUUACCUCGUGUGGCUCAUACCGCUGUUGGUGAUUUUACUCAUCCUAAUUUUCCUCUGUCUGUGGUGUUUACUGUGCUUCAGAACAAGAAAGCGUAAGAAAGUGAAGCCCACGGAGAAAGAAAAAGCUAACAAUGAAGCAAAACCUGUAAUAAUUCAAAGCAAAUCUCACACUAUUAGCCAACAAACAUGGUGUGUUGGUGCAAGUUCUGUGAAAGACCAGGAUGGAGAUGUAGAAAGCGGGUUAACCAAUCGCACUCCUAGACGACUGAAACCUCUAAAGCCUGUAGAAACUACGUCACAGCCCAUUGACAAACAAGCUCUUCUGAUUGGUGUUACGUCAGGACAGGAACGACAACCAGGGGAAACUGAAGAAAAGGGAGAUAAUCAAGGGAAAGUUACGGAAAAUGUGGAAGCAAAACCAAACACUGAUCGUUUUAUUAAUCUAGGUGAUAUAGACAAUGGUGCUAGCUCAGACCAAACAACAGAAGCAAGCACGGGUGUAAUAAUUAGCACCCUUAACGGGCCCUAUAUGACAACUGGUGAUAACACGGCCACUGUUAAAGGAACUCCCAUAAAGGAAAGGAAGAGACGACACAAGAAAAAGAAGAAACACAAAGCGCGAAAAGGACGAGACAAGGAGAAAGGAGACCCGGAGGGAGAGGAUGAAAGAAUGGUGGCGGGCAGUGCAGAGAACGGAAUCUGCCGAGAACUUCCGAGACCUUCGUGGCCAUCAAACUUUUAGACUGGGAAUCAUCGGAUACACGCACGUAAAGGACGGAAUAGAGAAACGGAAUAUGAAAAUGGGAGUUGUACGAUUUGCCUGUCAAGGAAUAUUUUGUUCAGUGUCGCUUCGCGAUUAGAUACGCAACUUUCAGAGAUCGCUACACACUUUUAGAAGAUAAAACGUUAUUUGCUAAUCAAUUUUCAAUUUGCUAAUCAAUUUUCAACUGGCUAGAAACAUCGCUAAACAAGAUUUUAAAAACAAAAUGAUCCCUGCUUGUACCCGGUCGUCUGCAGGCACAAACAACUUCAAACAACUUCAGAGACAUAUUGCACAUAUUGAAUAUAGUACCUCUCGAUCAGUUAAACAUUUGUAGGCUAUCGUUGUGGAUCUAACUGAUGAUCAAAAUCACAAUUCGCGUGCACCGUUGUCCGUCAUCAGCACAGGUGUACAAACGAUGACAUGAGUUUCAGGAAAGUAUUAUAUUAGAGCUGAGGGGACCAGUGUCGCCCUGCUACCUCUCCAGCGCUUCCAACGUCUAUAUCCAGAUAGAUAUUUCUAUUAACUACAGCAUCCCGCGGACCUUCGUUUGCAACUCAAGACAUGGGAUAGCUAUAACAGUAGUAGUUUUCUAGUACUAAGUAUUCCAUGUUUAAUGUAUUAUAUGUCUGCAGAUUAAUUCAUAGGGUAUAUUUUCACAGACUCAAGACACCGAUAUGUAAUUUAGGUGCACAGUAACAUGUACGUUGAAACACUACCUAUAAAUGUAUUAUCCAACUCAAAUGGCCACACUAUAGACUACACACAAGCCUACACACAUGAUCUCCAGGCAUGUGACAUGAAACAUGUCGACAAACACACACAUUUCAAUCAGCAGCAUUACGAUAAUGUUUGGGUUGGGGUUUUUUUCAAUAUAUUAAUUAAAUUUCAUAAAUCUUAAUAAUUUUUAUUUUUAAUAAUAAACUUUAUUGCUAUGUUGUGCUUUGGGGUUUUGUGAGGUAGAUGCAUAUUCAAUUAUAGUAGGCGAUCACUUAGUUUUGUUUAAACAAUAUAGGCUCCGACUGCUUUGGGCAAAUUUGUACAUCGCGGAUAUAAGGUGUGAUCUGAUUGGUCAACUGCCGUGCACCGGCCAAUGCUGUUACUCUUUUCAAAUCUCACACCACUGGUGUUGUGACCUCAUCAACUGUCGUGCUCCAAUCAAUGAGGUUACUCCUUAAGAAAUCUAUAUACCACUGUGGUUGUGAUCUCAUCAACUGUCGUGCUCCAACCAUUGAGGUUGCUCCUUUCAAAUAUCCAUGCCACUGGUGUUGUAAUCUGGUCAAUUAUCGUACACCGGCCAAUGAGGUUACUCCUUUCAAAUCUCAAUGCCACUGGUGUUGUGAUCUCAUCAACUGUCGUGCUCCAACCAUUGAGGUUGCUCCUUUCAAAUAUCCAUGCCACUGGUGUUGUAAUCUGGUCAAUUAUCGUACACCGGCCAAUGAGGUUACUCCUUUCAAAUCUCAAUGCCACUGGUGUUGUGAUCUCAUCAACUAUCGUGCUCCAACCAUUGAGGUUGCUCCUUUCAAAUAUCCAUGCCACUGGUGUUGUAAUCUGGUCAAUUAUCGUACACUGGCCAAUGAGGUUACUCCUUUCAAAUCUCAAUGCCACUGGUGUUGUGAUCUCAUCAACUAUCGUGCUCCAACCAUUGAGGUUGCUCCUUUCAAAUAUCCAUGCCACUGGUGUUGUAAUCUGGUCAAUUAUCGUACACCGGCCAAUGAGGUUACUCCUUUCAAAUCUCAAUGCCACUGGUGUUGUGAUCUCAUCAACUGUCGUGCACCGGCCAAUGAGGUUACUCCUUUCAAAUCUCAAUGCCACUGGUGUUGUGAUCUCAUCAACUGUCGUGCUCCAACCAUUGAGGUUGCUCCUUUCAAAUCUCCAUGCCACGGGUGUUGAAGAAGGCCUAGUGAACAACUAGAGAAUCUCUACAUUCUAAGAAAUGAACUCUUGUAUUGUAUCUGCAUAGUGUUUACACUUACAUUAUGAAAUAAAUGCUCAUAGAUA